AUGAGCAGCUUCGGGGGCCGGAUGCGGGAGUACCCGUCGCUCUCCAUAGACCGCUUCGACCGAGACAACCUGCGCGCCCGCGCCUACUUCCUGUCGCACUGCCACAAGGAUCACAUGAAAGGGCUCAGAGCUCCUGCACUGAAAAGAAGACUAGCAUGCAGCUUGAAAGUUUGCUUGUACUGUUCACCUGUGACGAGGGAAUUGCUACUGACUAAUCCAAAGUAUAAGUUCUGGGAGAACCACAUUGUUUCCCUGGAGAUUGAAACUCCCACUCAGAUUUCUCUAGUUGAGGAAGCCUCUGGUGAGAAAGAAGAAAUAGUUGUGACGCUUCUGCCUGCUGGCCACUGCCCAGGAUCAGUCAUGUUUCUGUUUCAGGGUGGAAAUGGAACCGUGCUGUACACGGGGGACUUCAGGCUUGCAAAAGGAGAAGCUGCCAGAAUGGAACUUCUGCAUUCGGGGAACAGAGUGAAAGACAUCCAGAGCGUGUAUUUAGAUACCACUUUCUGCGAUCCCAAAUUUUAUCAGAUACCAAGCAGGGAAGAAUGUAUGAAGGGCAUCUUAGAGCUGGUGCGAAGCUGGAUCACUCAGAGUCCCUACCAUGUGGUCUGGCUGAAUUGCAAAGCAGCUUACGGAUAUGAAUAUUUAUUCACAAACCUAAGUGAGGAGCUCGGUAUCAGGGUACAUGUAAACAGAUUGGACAUGUUUAAAAACAUGCCUGAAAUCUUGUACCACGUCACCUCAGAUCGGCACACUCAGAUCCACGCCUGUCGCCAUCCACGGGAUGACGAAUUGUUUCGAGGGAACAGGCUGCCCUGUGGGAUGACUUCCAGAGAUGGGAGAUGGCUGCACAUCAUUAGUAUCAAGCCAUCGACAAUGUGGUUUGGAGAAAGGACACGGAAAACCAACGUAAUAGUCAGGACUGGGGCGAGUUCAUACAGAGCAUGUUUUUCGUUUCACUCGUCUUACAGCGAGAUCCAGGACUUUCUGAACUACAUUCAGCCAAUGAAUGUUUAUCCCAAUGUAAUUCCAGUAGGGGCAACAGAGGACAAGGUUUUAGAAAUCUUGAAGCCCUCCUGCAGAUCACACUGCAAAAACCAUGAGCUGAGCUACAAGCCACUCGGAGCGCUGAAGAGGUCCAGAGCACCGGACUUGGCAGACAUGGAUGAAGAUGGUGCUGCUGCUGCUGAACUGUUUGAUACAGAACCGAUUCCUGUGAGACACAAGAUUCCCAAACGGGAGCCAGCGAUCAUGCCAUUGCUGAAUCAGCCUUCUGAAAACUCUCAAAGAAACACUAACGAAACAAGAAGUUACAAGGCAACUUCUAUGCCUACAUCUUUCCAGGUGGAUUUUGUAGAGUGUGAGGAAUCCAAUGGUGAAGAGGAGGAGGAGGAGGAGGAGGAGGAGGAACCUGGGAAAGAGAGAGCUCUACCUGAAGUUAUUCUCCAUGCUGCGGCUUCCAUCACUGCACUGAAGGAUCCGGGAGGCCAUUUAGAGCCUGUUUGCGACCAAAGAGAGGCCCCGCCGCAGUCUAACAAGGAGCUACCAAAGUGGGAUGCCUUCUUUAAGCGGACUACAGAGAAUCUAGAUGCCACUGAACAUGAAGACUGCUGUCUGCCUACCACAGAGUCAGGCGAGCCCCAGUCCCCGUAUCUGUUCAGUGAGGAGGAAGAAUUUAGCGACUCGACUCACAUCUCUUCCCAAACCUCUUCUCAGUCAACCCACAUAUCUGAACAAGGUAGUCAGGGUUGGGACAGCCAGCUGGACACCAUUCUCGUCUCCUCCCAAGAGCAAAAGAAGCUUGAUUUUAGCCCUCUGAAGAGAGCAGAACACAGAGCAAUGUUCUAUGCAUCCUGUCUCCCUCCUGAGGAGAAUAAAAGAGACACACAGAGUUGUAAGCCUUUGGACCAUGGCACAACUUACGGAAAGCACUUUAAUGUUGAAUCCAAAACCAGAGCCCAGGAGGGGACUGCCGCAGGGCCCACCUUGAGAGACUUUGUGCAGCUUCAGUCAAGUCAGUGAGAGGAGCAGCUUGCCAGAGAAGCCAGCAGCACUCGAUCCGGAGCCCCACACGGGCUCUCCGGAACCCCUUCUAGCCCUGAUGCAAAUGUCCCCAAACUGGACAAAAUGCGUAACCUGUACAAGAAGCUGGCAAGAGGGGAAAUGCUGCGCUG